GUCCGUUACCGAUACCUACGCUAUAGUCGGCACAAUCUUCUAUUUUUGGCCCAAACAAACCAAAUCACAGUAAAAGAAACCCUCCAAAACCCCCCGUCUCCGCAGCGGCCCAGCUCACUACCCGCCGCUCCUUCUCUUCCAUCGUCUCGUUGCUCUCCCGAUCCGCUCUGCUCGAUCGGGACGCAUUCGUUCCCCGAGGGAUGGGAUCGUCCGUAGGCGACGCCGCCGCCCCUCCGCUGCCGCCGCCUCCGGUCGGCUUGGCGGUGGCUCUUCCACCGAAGGCGGAGGAUAAGAGCGAGAGGAAGGUCGACUAUCUGAACCUCCCUUGCCCCGUUCCCUUUGAGGAAAUCCAGCGGGAAGCUUUGAUGUCUUUGAAACCAGAGCUCUUUGAAGGAUUGCGAUUUGACUUCACAAAGGGACUCAAUCAGAAGUUUUCACUCAGUCAUAGCGUGUUUAUGGGAUCCGUGGAAGUUCCUUCUCCAUCUUCGGGCGCUAUCAAAGUCCCUACUGCACAUUAUGAGUUUGGUGCUAAUUUUCUGGAUCCAAAGUUGAUGCUUAUCGGGAGGGUAUUGACUGAUGGAAGGUUGAAUGCACGGGUCAAAUGUGAUUUAACUGAUAAUUUAACUCUGAAGAUUAAUGCCCAGCUUACAAAUGAGCCGCAUUUCUCUCAAGGCAUGUUUAACUUUGAUUACAAGAGUAAAGAUUUCAGGGCUCAGUAUCAAAUGGGGAACAAUGCCUUUUAUGGGGCCAAUUAUAUCCAGAGUGUCACACCAAAUUUAUCUUUGGGAAGUGAAGUUUUUUGGCUUGGUCAUCAGAGGAAGUCUGGCAUAGGUUUUGCUGCUCGGUACAACACAGACAAGAUGGUUGCAACAGCACAAGUGGCAAGCACUGGAAUAGUUGCGCUGAGCUAUGUUCAGAAAGUUUCUGAGAAGGUUUCCCUUGCCUCUGAUUUCAUGUACAAUAGCAUGACAAGAGAUGUAAUUUCAAGUUUUGGUUAUGAUUAUAUCCUUCGGCAGUGUCGUUUAAGGGGAAAACUUGAUUCCAAUGGCUGUGUGGCUGCUUUCCUAGAAGAACGAUUAAAUAUGGGUGUCAAUUUUAUUCUUUCUGCAGAGAUUGAUCAUCAGAAGAAAGACUACAAAUUUGGGUUUGGAAUGACGGUUGGAGAGUGAACUACUUUAUUGCAUUUUCUUAUAGAAGAGAGGGGUCAUCGGUUUUCUUGACUCUGGUUUCACCGUCGGGGACUUCAUGGGUUGCCUGGGCUCACAUGUGUGAAUUCAGCUGAUCAAAAUCUGGGUGGCAUCCGUGUCAAAAUUGGAGGUCCAAUGAGAAAGGAGACCCUCUGUAUUUUCUUGAGUUCAUAUUAUUUAUUUGUUUUUGGCAGCCAUUUCGACAAUGUGGCAUUUGAAGGCCAUCAUUUUUGGAUUGAGAAAAAUGAAGUUGCAUAUUCUUGCUCAUUCAAGUAGUUGUUUGUGAAUAUCCUGAAUAAGGUUUUACAGAAGCAUCACA